AUGGCGCCCUUACCUGCGGGACGGGUGACUCCGUCGAGGCCAUUCAUGCAGUGCGGCGUCGAUUAUGCUAGUCCGUUUACGGUUCGCGAGUCCAGGAGGCGCAAUGCUCGCACUCAUAAGGCGUACUUGGCGAUAUUUGUAUGCUUCGCCACGAAGUGCGUGCAUUUGGAGCUCAGAAAGCCAUCCUGCAUUUAUUUCGACAAUGGAAAGACGUUCGUAGGCGCCCAAGGGCAACUAAAGGAAUUCUUUAACCUUUUGCGUAACGAACAAACGCAGAUCGACAUAGCACAUUUUUUACGUGACCAGGAAACUGUCUUGAAGUUCAUUCCUCCAUACGCACCUCAUUUUGGCGGUCUGUGGGAGGCCACUGUCAAGUCCGCCAAGCGCCAUCUCACUCGGAUUGUCGGGAACGCGUCGUUAACGUUCGAGGAAUUGCAGACCACAUUUUGCGAAAUUGAGGCCAUCUUGAACUCGCGUCCUCUCACUUCGUUGAGCGAGGAUCCUAACGAUCUGAGCUACUUAAGUCCAGGCCAUUUCAUAAUCGGCACCGCUUUGAAUAGUUUCCCCUACCAGGAUUUAAGCGAUGUUAAAAUUGAACCAAAUGGUGCUACUGAAACGGGCAGGGCUGGCUCCCCUUCAAUGGUUGCUCGGGCGGGUGGAGAGACUGCAUCAUGGAAUUGA